AUGUCAGCACCCGCUCAAGAUGCCAGGCCAAGCUCCGAUCUAUUCGAAGUCAAGGACACAGCAACCUCAGGCCGAGGUGUCUUUGCCUUGAAAGACAUCAAGCAAGGCACACCUCUCCUAUCAACGUCCACUAUCGCAGCCAGUGCAAUUUACAAGAACUACCAAAAAGAAGUCUGCGCACAAUGCUUCGCCUACAACCGCGGCAUUCUCUGGAAGGUACGUGACAAUGCGAGGGGCGUUGUAUUCUGCAGUGAGGUAUGCCGCGAUACGUGGACCACCAGCAUGCCGGCCGUCGGUCUCCUCGCUCGCGAAGAGGUCCAGAAACUACUCCAACGGAAGCAGAAGCUGUGGGACGACGAGAUGCAUGAUCUAGCCAAACCAUCCGAGUCAGCCAUCGAGAAAGCAUGGACAGCGGCCGAAGAAACGGCCCAACUCAUCCGCGCCGUCCGGGUUUCCGCCCACCAGUGUCCUUCUCUCCCUAACACAAAGACACAGAGGAAGGCCUUCCGUCAAGCUCAAGCCAUCCAUCCCGACCCAGACACGAUAUGGUUCCUGCUCGACGCUGCAGUCGAAUCAAGCCGACAGUCGGACAUCAUUGCCCUGACCGCGGAUCUCGCUGCUGAUCCUCAGCCUUAUAUCAACGAAGAGGAUCUGAGAUUCCACAUCGAAGCAUAUCUGGUGCUACUGGCAGAAGUGCCGGAAGAGCUCCUGCCACAUGUGCAGCAGUCUCUCAUGCGUACAGUGCAAUCGCGAACCACCCACAACUCGUUCGGCCUCAGAUCUCUUGAUGACGUUGAUGAACCUGGGACGGCAGGCAGCGAGUGCUUCGGGUUCGGUGUCUGGCCCGGAGCGAGCUACUGGAAUCACAGUUGCGAUCCGAAUGUGCAGAAGCAGAGAAGCGGUCGGACGUGGAAGUUCUGGGCCAAGAGGGAUAUCGAGACUGGAGAGGAGCUUUGUAUCAGUUACCUAGGCGGAGAUGAAAGGGAUAUGUCGACGUCAGAGAGGCUGGAGAAACUCAAGCGUAUCUGGGGCUUUGAGUGCGGAUGCAACAGAUGCGGUGUUCACCAAAGUGACAUGCAGAGCAGUGCGUGA